CACCGAACAAAGCCCCACCUCUCUCUCUCCUCCCUCUUCUCUUCUCUCUGUCCGACAACGGGAAAAAGCGAAAUUCUAGUGAGAGAGAAUAUAGCGAGGAAAAUUUAGAGAGAGAGCAGAGGCUUCACAAACUGUAACAAUGGUUGUCUUUUGGGUUUCUAGGGUUUUCACGAUUUAAAUUUAAUUUUUAUAAUUGAAAUGCCUGGUGGACGAUCGAAUUACACGUUGCUAAGUCAGAAUCCCGACGACCUCCACCACCACCAACCACCGCCGCCGAAGUUCGCGGGCGGUGGAGGAGCUCCAUUCUACGAGUCUCACUCUGGCGAGAAAAAUAAACCUAAGGCAGACAGAGGAUUCGAUUUGGACUUGAUCGAUCAUCGGGCAGUUCAGCCGCAGAGUCGGAUCGGAACGACGGUGUUUCCGGCGUCGAUCGGGUUGCAGAGGCAGUCGAGUGGAAGUAGCUUCGGUGAGAGCUCGAUUUCCGGAGAUUUCUACCUUCCGUCGCUCUCGAAUCCCGAUGGACUUGGAAAUUUGCAUGAAGGCGUUGGUGGAGGAGCUGAAUUAUCGAGGUUGAAAGCGGUGGAGGUUAGUGGUGGUGGUGGUGGGGUAUCUUCAUCGUCGAAGAGUUGGGCGCAGCAGACAGAGGAGAGUUAUCAGCUACAGCUGGCGUUGGCGCUGCGGUUAUCUUCUGAAGCUACUUGUGCGGAUGAUCCUAAUUUUUUGGAUCCGGUGCCAGAUGAGACGGCGUCAAGGUCAUCGGCGUCUUCUGCUUCUGCAGAGGCUAUGUCACAUCGAUUCUGGGUAAAUGGUUGCUUAUCAUACUUCGACAAAGUUUCUGAUGGAUUUUACUUAAUUCAUGGGAUGGAUCCAUAUGUAUGGACCAUAUGUACUGAUUUGCAAGAGAGUGGCCGUAUUCCAUCUAUUGAAUCAUUGAAGGCUGUUGAUCCUGGAAAUGAAUCUUCAGUUGAAGUUAUGUUGAUUGAUCGACAUAGUGAUCCCAGCUUGAAGGAACUACAAAACCGAAUUCACGAAAUGUCCCAUAGAUGUGUCACCACCACCGAGGUUGUUGACCAUCUUGCAAAGCUCAUCUGCAAUCGCAUGGGGGGUGCAGCUUCCACUGGAGAAGAUGAAUUGGUUCCCAUCUGGAAAGUGUGCAGUGACGAUCUCAAGGAUUGCUUAGGAUCUAUCGUGUUACCAAUCGGUAGCCUCUCAGUUGGCCUCUGCAGCCACCGGGCCUUGCUAUUCAAAGUGCUAGCUGAUACAAUUGAUUUACCAUGUCGAAUUGCCAAAGGAUGCAAGUAUUGUACGAGAGAUGAUGCUUCCUCUUGUCUUGUUCGGUUUGGGUUCAACAGGGAAUAUCUUGUUGAUUUAAUUGGCAAGCCAGGAUGCUUAUGUGAGCCCGAUUCUGUGCUAAAUGGUCCAUCUUCCAUUUCAAUUUCUUCACCCUUGCACUUUCCGCGAUUCAGAGGAGUUGAACGUACAGUUGAUUUCAGGUCACUAGCCAAACAGUAUUUCGCAGACUCUCAAUCACUUAAUCUCGUUUUUGAUGAUUCUUUGACAGGUGCUGAUAUUGAUGGAGAUGCCGGAGGUUCCAUGUAUACCAAGCAAUCAGAUUGGUGUGACGUGGGUAGAAACCUCCCCAUAACCAGUUCAAGCCACAGUGAUGAACCAAUAAAUGCCUGGCAAAAGUCUCGUGAUAAAGAUUCACAGCCUUCCAAAAUAUGUAAUUUUCAGAAUGAUAUAAGCUCAGCAAGCAUGAUCGGAGAUCGAGUCCCUUUACAGCAUAUCCCACCAAUUGGGCGUGGAAAUAAUGUUCAACCACUAAUACCGUUGUCUGAUAGUCAACUGGUUCCAGUUAAACCAAGUAGAGAAGUUACCCUUGAUAUGGAGGAUUUAGACAUACCUUGGAGUGAUCUUGUUUUGAAAGAGAAAAUUGGAGCAGGUUCUUUUGGCACUGUCCACCGUGCUGAUUGGAAUGGCUCUGAUGUGGCUGUAAAGAUUCUCAUGGAACAAGACUUUCAUGCAGAGCGUUUCAAGGAGUUUAUAAGGGAGGUUGCAAUAAUGAAACGCCUGCGGCAUCCAAAUAUUGUGCUUUUUAUGGGUGCUGUUACACAACCUCCUAAUUUGUCCAUAGUCACGGAAUAUUUAUCAAGAGGUAGUCUGUAUAGACUAUUGCGUAAACCUGGUGCAAGAGACGUCUUGGAUGAGAAGCGCCGGUUAUCUAUGGCUUAUGAUGUGGCUAAGGGAAUGAAUUAUCUUCACAAAUGCAAUCCUCCCAUUGUUCAUCGAGACUUGAAAUCUCCGAAUCUUUUGGUUGACAAAAAAUAUACAGUGAAGGUAUGUGACUUUGGUCUUUCCCGUUUCAAAGCAAAUACAUUUCUUUCAUCAAAGUCAGCAGCAGGAACUCCUGAGUGGAUGGCACCAGAAGUUCUUCGUGAUGAACAAUCAAAUGAAAAGUCGGAUGUGUACAGCUUUGGCAUAAUUUUAUGGGAGCUUGCAACUUUGCAACAACCUUGGAGUAAUUUGAAUCCAGCUCAGGUUGUAGCAGCUGUUGGUUUCAAAGGAAAAAGGCUUGAGAUUCCACGUGAUCUAAAUCCUCGCAUAGCUGCUAUAAUUGAGGCAUGCUGGGCCAAUGAGCCAUGGAAACGGCCUUCCUUUGCCAUUAUCAUGGAAUCCCUGAGAUCAUUACUUAAACCUCUCACACCUCCAUCAGGCCGUGCAGACAUGCCCUUACUCACUUGAAGGCAUGGAACUCCUUGAAAGUAUUAGUUGUGCACAUAUAUAGCAUUUGUUCAUGAUCUAAUUUUUAGUGGGGGAGCAUUCCUCAGAGGAUUCCAGGUAAGUCUCUAUCGAUUAUCAGCAUCGAGGAUCUAAACCAUUGUUUUGUGGCUGACAUUUUUUGAUGAAAAGAGUAGAAAACUUGGAAUUUUUAAUUGGCCUCCCCAACACCAGCAUCUUCCUGGUUUUCAAAGUUUUUGAACUUACAUAAACUUGACUAUUUAAUGAAGAGAGGAGCAGUGCAGUGCCAUAGACUUUGUGACCUCAAGAUUAAUGUAGAGAGACCAACUGAAUACCACCCAACUUUCGUUGGUGGUCGUACAAGAGGAAUCUGACCUAUCAGUUGCCUACCCGUAUUACAGGCUGCAUAUUGUCGCAAAAUUCUAAUUUCUGCAUUACGUGAUUUUAUGCAGGUUCGUUGUACAUAUGUUCCCAUUGGCUAUCGAGAAUACUGAUUUUUUACUGGACUUGAAAAGCUGUCUUUGCCAUAGCAGAAGAUCAAUCAUUGCAAUUUCACCCACUCUACCAUGUAUUGUUUGCCCAAGCAAUUCUCAGCGCUAUCAUUGACAAUUUAUGCAAAUAUUUUUGCUCAUAAUUUUGUAUGUAUGCAUAUUGUUGCUGAAAAUCAGCUUUUUACAUGAAUGACACCUUGUUUUAGCGCGUCG